AUGCCAAACGCAAGUUCGAAUCAUGCAGACAUUAAUCCCGUUCCGUUGGAUGUAAGCUGCGCAAUCUCGAACGACCAAUCAUCAAUCAUAACAUCGAAAGGGUUACUGCCCAUAAUCAAGCUCCAAGUCUCCACCGAUUUCCAGAGUGCUGAUUGUUUAACAUUGUGUGACUCAGCAUCUAGUCAUUCCUGGAUAUCGGCUAAAUUAGUCAAUUGUCUGAAUCUCUCAGGAAGAUAUUUGGAUCUCACAGUAAAUGGUAUUAACACAACGACUGUUGUUAAAACGAAACAAGUUCAGAUGAAGGUAUCUUCUAACUUCGAUGGAUUCGAAUACAUAUUCGAAUUAACCGCAUUUGUCAAGGAUGAACUUAAAGGCGGUACCGAUACCGUCAACAUCCCUGCAUUACAGAGCAAGUAUCCGUACCUUGCUCCAAUCAAACCAAUUGUGUAUAGCUACGCCGAUGUAGACUUAAUAAUUGGUCAAGACUCCUUCCAUGCUAUUCGGCCUGAGGAGUAUUUCAAGAGUGAGGCCGAUCCAAACACAUCGCCCGUCGCGGUUCGCCUUCCAAUAGGCUGGGUCUUGAGCGGCCCAAUGCCGACAUCUAUUGGUUUCCUUUCUACUUGUUUCAAGUGCAAUACGGAUGAUACCGAACUAGCUUGUCAAAUCAAACGCUGGUAUGAAAUAGAGUCAUACGGAGCCUACAAACAGGUCGAUUCUCGUUCAGCCGAAGACAAAAGGGCGGCUAAAAUACUUGAUUCCUCCACCGUCCACGAUGGAUCAAGAUACGCUGUAGGUAUGCUUUGGGCAGAAGAAUCUAUCAUGUUACCAGAUAAUUACUAUUCCUCUUUGGUUCAGUUAAAAUCGUUGGAAAAACGUUUAGCGAAAGAUCCUCACUUAAGGGAUCAAUACUCAAAAACUAUCGAAGAUGAUUUGAGUAAAGGAUACGUGAUUCAAGUUUCUCCCCAUAAUUUUUCGAACCGCAGCAUACGCGAGUGUUAUCUUCCUCACCAUCCCGUGGUGAACCCAAACAAACCUGGUAAAGUGAGGCGUGUCCUUAACGGAGCGUCUAAAUUCCACGGUACGUCAUUGAACAAAUCGUUGCUAGUAGGACCCGACCUACUGCAAAACCUUGUGUUCGUUCUCCUCCGUUUUCGACAACAUCAUUUUGCCGUAUCGGCUGACAUUGAAGGGAUGUUCCUACAAGUCGGCGUCCUUCCAGAGGACCAACCAUCUCUUCGUUUUCUGUGGCGGGAGGACCCCACAGCCGAUGUGGUUGUACACCAGUACACCAGACAUAUCUUUGGAGCGAGAGAUUCGCCAACGUGUGCAAAUUAUGCAUUGCAACGGACUGCAAUGGAUAAUCAGGCGAUGUUCCCUGACGCAGCAUCCGCAGUUCUAGAGAAAUUUUAUAUGGACGACUACCUUGACUCCUUUGAGGACCCUGAUGUUGCAUUUAAAAUGAGUCAAGAGUUGAUUACUCUGUUAGCUCUAGCUUUUCUUCGCGCCCGUGUGAAAACUUCACUCGAAACACAAGUUGCCUUCGUCUUUGGAAAAGCAAGAGUGGCGCCCAUGAAAGCGCUUUCCAUCCCAAAGCUUGAACUGCAGGCCGCGUUACUCGCUACCCGCUUGAAGGAAGAUGUCCCCAAAGCUCUAACCAUUCCUGUGUCAAACACGUUCAUGUGGACUGACAGCACCACUGUGCUCCAGUGGUUAAACUCAGGUAGUAAGCAACCCACGUUCGUGGCAAACCGGAUUGGAGAGAUUCUAGAAAGUACGACCGUAGAUCAGUGGUUUCAUGUCUUAAGUGGAGACAACCCUGCUGAUACGGGAACCAGAGGAAUCUCAGCGGAGUCCUUAAAAACAAGCAGCUGGGUGAACGGGCCAAGUCUGCUGAAAAGUGGCGAGUGGCCUUUCAAGCCGAGCAUAGAAAUACUUAAGAAAAUCCGCCUGGCUGGUCCCGCUUGUGACCUUAAUGAAGACAACGGAUAUGCCCAAAAUGCAUUUGAACCCUCGCGAGGUAUGAAAGUUUGA